CUAGCAUGAAGGGACUAUUGCCCCGCCGAAUGCAUAUUUGAACAAGACUUAUGUUUAGGACGUUAUCCCUUUCCGCCUUUUCACCAAGAAUCUUCACCAGAGCCAUGAGCACCGCCCCGCUACCAAUGCCUCAGCUUCCUAGAACAGACGAAGGGAAGAGGAUAUGUCAGAUCGUUAAAGUCAAACCAGAGAGGUUGGAUGAGUAUAAGAAGGUUCAUGCUGAAGUUUGGCCAGAGGUCCUCGGAGCAUUGAGGAAAGCCCACGUUGUCGACUAUUCCAUUCAUUACUUUGCCCCCCACAAUCUUCUUAUAGCCCAUAUGCGUUACAUUGGCAGCGACUUCCAGAAAGAUAUGGAUGGCAUCAAGGAAAAUGAAGCGACGAGAAAAUGGUGGCAGCUGACUGAUGGAAUGCAAGAAAGCUUUGUUCCGGGAGCAACAGGGUCGGAGAGCGGGCCUGGAUGGUGGGUGGACGCAGAGGAAGUCUUUAGAUUGGAGGGUUGAGAAAGAAAAUGACAGUACAUUGAGUGAUGCGAUACAUGUUUAACGGAUGUACGCGAAGAUAAAUGUAUUUAAAAGGAGGCUUUAUUCAGUCUCUCUGUACUGCAAAUAUGGGGGUUGUCAAUGUAUGAUAGAAGAUUGGUGAGAUCGUACUCAGUCGGAUAUACGUACACUGUACGAGGGAUGAUACGAAUCGUUCCCACGGUGUCGGGGGAUUAUUUAAUUUACGCGCGCCUUCUGGUGUCUCC